CUCCUCUCUCUUGCCGUAGCCAGAAAGGAUUCUGGGUAGUUGGACAGUGAAAGCGGCGGGAGCAUCAUAUUUUUCCACAAAUCCAGUUUUAGCGCUUCAGCAACAAUGGCGAAGGUGCAGGUGUUGAACGUGGCUGUCCUUGACAACCCGAGUCCCUUUGGAAACCCUUUCCAGUUUGAGAUCACCUUUGAGUGUAUGGAGGACCUGCCUGAAGACCUGGAAUGGAAAAUCAUCUACGUUGGCUCAGCAGAGAGUGAAGAGUACGACCAAGUCCUCGACUCUGUCUUGGUCGGCCCGGUGCCUGCUGGGAGACAUAUGUUUGUGUUUCAGGCUGAUGCCCCAAAUACUGGAUUGAUUCCUGAAAGUGAUGCUGUUGGUGUGACUGUAGUGCUGAUCACCUGCACCUACCGUGGCCAGGAGUUCAUUCGCAUUGGUUACUACGUGAACAAUGAAUACACAGAACCAGAGCUGCGGGAAAAUCCACCGAUCAAGCCAAAUUACACACAGCUCCAGAGAAAUAUUCUGGCAUCAAACCCACGCGUGACCAGAUUCCACAUAAACUGGGAAGGCUGUGCAGAACGAAUGGAGGACUGUGAAAAUGUGGAUCCCACGUCAAACUCCAUGCUCCCCCCAUCUUGUCUCCCAGGCAAGGCCCCGCCCUUAGGGAUACUACCAGACAACUCAAUGGACUGCUUAUAGAGACGAUCCCAGCCCCAAAUGUGAUAACUCACAGCAGGAGACCUCUAUUUUUGAAAAAUGCCUGUGGACAUUCUAGUGUGGACGUACAGACAUCUUGGUCUUACAGCUGCCCUUAUUUACCUGAAGCUUGUCAAAAAUUAACUCUCAUUUUGAGCUUCAGAUAAGGGUUUGUUCCGAGGAAGAUUAUGAGCAUCUCACACGUAUAAUCAUCACUUAUAGAUGGGGAGAUCGUUGCUAUGUUCUUGAAAGCAAUAUCAAAGUAAUUGAACUCAUGGAAUGGGGGGGGAAAAAGGUAACCAUGGAAUGAUGCAGCUGAACUGAAACGAUACAGCAAACUGAUGUGAUUCACCUUCCUUCCUGUUGUUGGUGCAGAACUUAUUUGUACCCAUAUAAGAGGUUUUCAGCACUGAAGCAAUAUACAAAUAAAUUGCAACAUAUUGCUGCAUGGGAAUUUUAUAUUCUGCCAUCACAUUUGUGUUCAAAUUUAUUAUGCACUUAAACCUUUUCCCACUUAGAUUGUUGAGUUUUGGAUGGGCUACGUUACUUUCUCCGUGUUUUUUUUUGUUUUUGUUGUAACUGUGUUUUCCAAAUAAAUAAAAAAACAU